AACAUCGACUCCGCGGCUAGGUGCAACAAGGACGAAGGAACGGUGACGAUGGCUUGGUGUGGGCGCGUGUCUGGCAGCUGCCGCUUACAGGUGGUGUGCUUGCUUGGGAACCAACCUCUACGGACCGUUCCCACGGAAGGCCUGUCUCCCACCAUGCGGCCCGUUGUGCCCCUUCGUCUCGCCCUGCCGGGGACCCACGGCCUAUAUAAGUCACAGCCUCGCCCGACCGCCACCACAAUCACGCUGUUUCUUCACGAAGGUCGAGCUGAAGGCGCGUAUCUCUAGAACGCACGUUUCCUUCCGCCAAUCAUACGUGAAUUGCCACAGCGACGAUUAAAGUUCGACGAACCGGUGUGUGAAGAGAGAGAGAGAAAGAGAGAGAGAGAGAGAGAGAGAAAGAGAGUAAGAGAGAGAGAGAAAGAGAGAGAGAGAGAGAGAGAGAAAGAGAGAUAAGAAGAGCACGAAAGCGCGUUCGCGAUUGCAAGCUUAUUGCACCGUUGUCAGUGAAGUUUUGUGCCGCAAGAAUCCCUCGAAAAGAAUCAAGGAUUAACCAUGCAGAUGCACGAACAGAUCAUCGUGGUCGAGGGCCAAGAGCAACCAAUCUCCAGGACAUAUCAAUAUCGAAAGGUGAUGAAGCCGAUGCUAGAACGCAAACGCCGAGCGCGCAUCAACCGCUGCCUAGACGAGCUGAAGGAACUGAUGGUGACCGCGCUGGCCGGGGACGGCGAGAACGUCGCCAAAUUGGAGAAGGCCGACAUCCUGGAGCUGACAGUGCGUCACUUGCACAAGCUUCAACGUCAACAGCGUCUUUCGGCAAACCCGGUGAUCGACGCCGACCGUUUCCGGGCCGGCUACACGCACUGCGCGAACGAGGUCAGCCGUUGCUUAGCCGCCACCCCUGGAGUCGACGUCGCCCUCGGCACCAAGCUGAUGACACACCUCGGCCAUAAGCUCAACUCCAUGGACAAGACUGGACCGUUGACCAUUCACGUGGCCGCACCGCAAUCCUCGCCGUCCUCCGCCAGCGAGCUCAGCUCCGACGAGUACGCGAUGCCGUUGACACCGGCAUCGAGCCAACCGUCUCCGGUACGAACCGACAUCGAAGCAGCCGUCUCCCAGAGCCACCAGGGUCUCUUGCAGGUAGCCAAGCCUAACGAGCCUAUCUGGCGACCCUGGUAAGACCUGUCGCAGCAGCGAUGAAACCAGCCAACAACAAUAACCCUCAGAACCGGUGUAAGGGGAACUUCUGAAGAAGAACCACGAAAUGGUGUUGCAAUCUCGACACCGGUGUUGCAAUCUCGUCUGUGAUCUGAACGGAUGACCACUCGCGAAUGAACACAACCAGAAACAUUCCGAGCAGAGAGAGAGGGGGGAGGGAGAGAGAGAGAGAGAGAGAGAGAGAGAG